CCAGUCACAAAAUUUACUCAGUUGCAAUUACAUCGCUAAAGAUGACUGUCUACCACUACCUGUUAUUAAUUGCGCCCAUUUUCUUACUACCUUGCCUCCAACAGGUAAACGGCUGUAAUGAGGCGGUGUGCGGGAGUGUGGUCAGCAAGUGCCUCUUGACCAAAUCGUGUGACUGUGACCGCACAGAGGACUGCAGUUGUUGUAAGUCGUGUUUCAAUUGUUUGUCCGAUUUAUAUACCGAAUGUUGUUCGUGCGUGGACAUGUGUCCACAGAUAAACGAAACCGAAAACACGUUGAGCACCCAAAGUCACGUUGAGGAUUUCAAAGAGAACGUGGACGCACUGUUUCAAGUUCUGACCGAAUAUCCGGACGACCGGUGGUCGAGUCUGACUUUUCCCAUGGACAUAGAUAUUAGCAUGUACUCUACGAAAAAGGAGGUGAAGUUCUACAUGAAGACCCAGCCACAAGAGACAAUUCCGAAUAGGAAUAUUUUGACGUUGAAUUGCACGGUGUCGUACUGGAAUGAUUGCAUGAGCUGGAUGAAGUGUAAGAGCAGUUGUCAUUCCAUGGGUGCAUCCAGCUACAGAUGGUUCCACGACGGGUGUUGUGAAUGCAUUGGGAAAUAUUGCAUCAAUUAUGGAGUGAACGAAAGUAGAUGUCAUAAUUGUCCGGUUGACGGGGAGGAUACUUUUGACGAUGAGUACGAUCUGGAUUACGGAGCUGAUUAUGAGGCAUCUGACGAAAAUGAUUUUAAAUAGUAAUUAGUAAAUAAAUGUAUUAAAUUGAA